UAUAAAGCCCGCGGAAGAGGCGGGGCCGCCGGGAUCGCUGAGCGGGCAGCGGAGGCAGCAGCGUUACUUGCAGCGGAGUAACCGCGGUGGCACCCACCAUGGUGAAGGAGACGGAGUACUACGACAUCCUGCAGGUGAAGCCUAAUGCCUCCUCCGAGGAGAUCAAGCGCGCUUACCGCAAGCUGGCGCUGAAGUACCACCCCGACAAGAACCCCAGCGAGGGCGAGCGGUUUAAACUUAUAUCCCAGGCAUAUGAAGUUCUGUCGGACCCAAAGAAAAGGGACCUCUAUGACCAGGGUGGGGAGCAGGCUAUUAAAGAAGGAGGCCUGAGUGGCGGCAGCUUCUCUUCACCCAUGGACAUCUUUGACAUGUUCUUUGGUGGUGGAGGCCGAAUGAAUAGAGAGAGAAGAGGCAAAAAUGUGGUACACCAGUUAGGUGUAUCUCUUGAAGACCUGUAUAAUGGUAUUACAAGGAAACUGGCACUGCAAAAGAAUGUUAUUUGUGCAAAGUGUGAAGGUUAUGGCGGAAAGAGAGGGGCAGUUGAAAAAUGUCCUGUGUGUAAAGGAAGAGGGAUGCAAGUUAUAGUUCAGCAGAUUGGACCUGGCAUGGUGCAGCAAAUCCAAACUGUGUGUCCAGAAUGCAAAGGCCAAGGUGAAAGAAUAAAUCCGAAGGACAGGUGUGACAACUGCAAUGGCUGUAAGGUUGUAAGAGAGAAAAAGAUCAUAGAAGUUCAUGUUGAUAAAGGUAUGAAAGAUGGUCAGAAAAUAGUAUUUCAUGGAGAAGGUGACCAGGAGCCUGAUUUGGAGCCUGGUGAUGUCAUAAUUGUGCUUGAUCAAAAGGAUCACAGUGUCUUUCAGAGACGAGGGCAUGACUUAAUUACAAAAAUGAGAAUUCAACUCUCGGAGGCCUUAUGUGGUUUCAGGAAGACAAUUGAAACUCUGGACAACAGAGUUCUUGUCAUAUCUACUAGGCCAGGUGAAGUAAUAAAACAUGGUGAUCUAAAGUGUAUCUACAACGAAGGGAUGCCGGUCUACAAAUCUCCAAUGGACAAAGGCAGUCUGAUUAUACAAUUUUUGGUCCAGUUUCCAGAGCACUACUGGCUCCCAAGGGAGAAACUGUCUCUGCUGGAGGCUCUGCUUCCUUCACGAGAAGAUGUUAUGGUUACAGAUGAGAUGGACCAGGUAGACCUUGAAGAUUUUGAUCCAAAUGAGCAAACCUACCGUAACAGUGCGGGAGAAGCGUAUGAAGAAGAUGAGGAGGGUCCAAGAACAGGAGUACAAUGUCAGACAUCUUAAAGUAAGGUGGAGUGGAUGUCAUUGAAGAUGUAAAUUUUCACAAUGAAAACUGCAUGGCUGUAAUAGCCACUGCUUGUGGUUUUUGUGUUCAGCAAAUUGAGUUGCUGCGCUGUCAGUAUCACCUUUUUGUAACUAAUUUAUAUUGUGUUCUUGUAGUCUUUCUAUAUAAAGCAAAUGUCAUACAGCUGAGAACCAACUGAGUUGGUAUGCAUUUUCCUUGCUGUGAAGGUUCUCAAUUAAUUUCACCUGUGCUGUUUCUAUAAGACUUCAGCAAUAUUGAUAGAGGCUAAGUGGAGUGUCUUAUGUAAAUACUUUCAUAUUGGAAAAUUAAUUUCAUAGAAUAAAACAUAGCAGAAUAACUUCUAAUAAAUAGUACUUCACCUUUU